GAUCCAUAUAAAGGGAACGCCUGUGUGGCCGCAACUCGUCAGUUGAACCUUUCGUUGCCAUGAUCAUGAAACUGCUUUUGGCUUUGGCUUUCUGCCUUCUGGCAGUUAACGCUGUUGAGGUGCGCGAGAAUGGAGAGAAUGGCUGGUAUGUGCCACAGGCUGAUGGCACCAUGGAGUGGAUGGACAGGGAUGUGGCCGAGGCCUUCCUGGAGGCUCAUGCCGAGAAGGAGGCACGCAACAUGCUCAACCCGGUGACCUUCUACCUGUACACCCAAUCGAACCGCGGCUGGGCCCAGGAGAUCAAGGCCUCCUCGUCGGUGAUCUCUUCGUCCUACUUCAACCCGAACAACCCCACACGCUUCACCAUCCACGGCUGGUCCUCCAGCGCCGAUGAGUUCAUCAACUACGGCGUCCGCGAUGCCUGGUUCACCCACGGAGACAUGAACAUGAUUGCCGUCGACUGGGGGCGUGCCCGUUCCGUCGAUUAUGCCUCCUCCGUGCUGGCUGUGCCCGGCGUCGGUGAGCAGGUGGCGAAACUGAUCAACUUCAUGCGCGACAAUCAUGGCCUGAACCUCGGCAACACGAUGGUCAUUGGCCACAGCCUGGGCGCCCAUGUGUCCGGCUAUGCCGGCAAGAACGUGAGGAACGGACAGCUGCACACCAUCAUCGGUCUGGACCCGGCCCUGCCCCUCUUCAGCUACGACUCGCCCAACAAGCGUUUGAACAGCAACGAUGCCUGGUACGUGGAGUCCAUCCAGACCAACGGCGGCCAGCUGGGAUUCCUGAAGCCCAUCGGCAAGGGCGCCUUCUACCCCAAUGGCGGCAAGUCGCAGCCCGGCUGCGGCCUGGACAUCACCGGCUCCUGCGCCCACAGCCGCUCCGUGAUCUACUACGCUGAGGCUGUCUCCCGGGACAACUUCCCCACCAUGCGUUGCGGCAACUACGAGUCGGCAGUGUCCAGCAGCUGCGGCAGCUCCUACAGCUCCGUGAGGAUGGGCGCCACGACCAAUGCCUACAUGGUGUCCGGCGACUAUUAUGUUCCCGUGCGCAGCGAUGCUCCCUAUGGCAUGGGCAACUAACUCGAUUUGCAAUCAACCAAUAAACUAAGCAAAAGCUCAACCCAAAA